UGGUUUGGGGGCAGGGAGGGUAUUUACUGCCGUAUAAUCCGCUCUGAUGUCACCGUGUAAAGAAGGAGGGGUCUGAGAUCCGUUCGCUUUAAUCCCAGCGCGUCGAUAAGAACGACCGACGAAGAUGAAGAGCUCUUCUUCAUCGCUCGUGUUCGUGACAGGCGAUGAGCAGUGAGUGGGCGGAGCCAUGAGCCAUAGGGAGGAGCCAGAGGAGGCGGGUCUCAGAGGUCCUCCCCCUCAUCGCAGCAAGCAGGCCAAUGGGACGCCUCUAGAAGGCGGUCGACCCAGAUGGAGGCCAUGCCAGCUUCACAAUCCGGAUGCAGAAGGCCAAGGCCACCACCAUCAUCACCACCAACACUAUCACCAUCAAGCCAACCAGCACCCGUCUGGAUCGAGCCGGGCUGCACCGCGUCACCGUAGGCGGCACGUUCCCGGGCAAGCACAACGCAGGCGGGCUGAGAGCGGAGAUACAGAAGCUAGAGCUGGCCAACAGCCCAAAGCGGGGGCGUCAAGACACCACCGAAGCGGAGAGAGACUCCAUCAGCACAGAUAUAGACAGCAGCACAAAGCAGAAGAAGAAGAGGUGGUCAAAACUCCUCCGAAAAAACAAGCUCCAGAGCCGUUAUCUCCUGAAGAUUCCUCGCAAGAACUGCUGACUCCUUCUCCUCAGGAUGAACCAAUCACUGAUAGUCUGGAUGGAAACAGUCCAGAUGUGUCCCAUUCAUCUGAUACACAAGUCGAUCGCGAUCUAGAGUCUUCAAGGGAACAGCUGGAGGACAUAGUUCAAAGUGAAGAAUCAACAUUGGGCGAAGAGGAACUGACCAAAGAAGAAUAUUUUAAAGAAACUCCUGAGCAGGACUAUGCUCCUCCUAAGACUGCUUCAAAAAGUCGUCCUGAAAGUAAAAGAACCAGUCCGCUAAGAGUAGACGUUCCUCCAUUCGUCACAUCUCCUCACCAUAUGAUAAACAAACCUUUUUUCCAGUCUCCACGAAGCUUCCCUGAGACUCUUCGAAGCUACAAUUCAGAUCCGAACUCAUACCCUCCUCUUUUUAACGUGGGUUAUUCUCACACAAACAAGGAUAAAGGGUUUGAGAGUCCCAUGUCCCAUCAAGAAGAUCUCUCAGACUCCAGUCCCGAAGCCUGCUCUGAUUCCUACCCGCAGCUGAGCCCUGAAGAGACUCAGAGAGAAUCAUACCUAACAGAUCCUCAUCCAGCCCUCGAGGGACCUCAAGUGUUCGAGAGCGUGACCACGGAUGAGUGCGACCCUCAGGAAGACAUCGGUCUGCUUCGUUCCGUGGGCUCCAGGCUGCACCACUACGACGAACAGUCAGGAGAUGAAGCCGAAAGCUCAGGGAGAGUCAGGGCCCAGGUCAGGAAGACGUCAAGCUCGACUAGCCUUUCCCAAGAAGCUCCUCCACGAGAGGAGGCUCCGGAAACUGCUCAGCUUUCACCUGAAGCCGUGGAAAGACCUGACACGUCGUCCGCUCCGGCCCAGGAUCAGAUAACAGAGUACUGCAGAGACGCAGGGGACGCUGUCUCGCUGGCUAUUAAGGAUAUUAAGGAAGCUAUCGAGGAGGUGAAGACCAAGACGGUGCGCUCGCCCUACACGCCUGAUAAGAUCACAGAGCCCGUGUGGGUGAUGAGGCAGGAUCUGAGCCCGGUUGAGGAGAGCCAUCCUCAGCCACAGCCUCAGUCUGCAUGUCAGCUCUCGCUAACUUCUCCACAGUAUGCGGCUCCGAUUCAAGACGCUGAACUUCCUUCGGGAGCAGAAUCCUCUGGAGGUCAUCUUCAGGACCAGGAUGUAGAUGUCAGUCCCAGCAUGCCAUGUGAAGAGACUAGGAAGAAUUUGGCCUCUUUCCCUACAUAUGUUGAUGUUCCCGGGCCGUGUGACCCCGAGGACCUGAUAGACGGCAUCAUCUUUGCCGCGAACUACCUGGGAUCCACGCAGCUGCUGUCGGAGAGGACGCCCACGAAGAGCGCCCGCAUGCAGCAGGCCCAGGAGGCCAUGAGCCGCGUCCGGACAGCCCAGACACAGGCCAAAAUCAGAAAUAAGUAUCAGCAGGGCAGUGAGAGCGGGCCGCCGGCCAGCACAGAAGUGGACCUCUUUAUAUCGACACAGAGGAUCAAAGUGCUCAGCGCUUACACGCAGGACACCAUGAUGGACCAUCCGCUGAGGACCAUCUCGUACAUCGCUGACAUCGGGAACAUGGUUGUGCUGAUGGCUCGCAGGAAGAUGAUCCGCUCUCAGAGCGCUCAGGAGAACUUAGACUCGGCGGAGACGCAGCACACGAACCCAGCGCGGGACGACCACCGCCAGUACAGGAUGAUCUGUCACGUGUUCGAGUCUGAAGACGCUCAGCUGAUUGCUCAGUCCAUCGGUCAGGCCUUCAGCGUGGCGUAUCAGGAGUUCCUGAGAGCCAAUGGCAUUGAUCCAGAGGACCUGAGCCAGAGAGAGUACAGCGACCUGCUCAACACUCAGGACAUGUACAACGACGACCUCAUUCACUUCUCCAAGUCUGAAAACUGCAGAGAUGUCUACAUCGAAAAGCAGAAGGGCGAGAUCCUUGGCGUGGUGAUCGUGGAGUCCGGCUGGGGCUCCAUCCUCCCCACGGUCAUCAUCGCCAGCCUGAUGCACGGCGGACCCGCGGCCAAGUCCGGAAGACUGAACAUCGGCGAUCAGAUCAUGACGGUCAACGGCACCAGUCUGGUCGGCCUGCCGCUCUCCACCUGCCAGAGCAUCAUUAAAGGGCUCAAGGCUCAAUCCAGGAUCAAGAUGAACAUCGUCAGGUGUCCUCCCGUGACCAUGGUGCUCAUACGCAGACCAGACCUGCGCUACCAGCUGGGUUUCAGCGUGCAGAACGGCAUUAUCUGCAGUCUGAUGCGAGGAGGCAUCGCUGAGCGAGGAGGCGUCCGCGUCGGCCAUCGAAUCAUCGAGAUCAACGGUCAGAGCGUAGUGGCCACUCCCCACGAGAAGAUCGUCCACAUCCUGUCAAACGCUGUGGGAGAGAUCCACAUGAAGACCAUGCCUGCAGCCAUGUACCGCCUCCUCACGGCCCAGGAACAACCCGUCUACAUCUGAAACUACACCAUCACCUCCACACGCGGAGCUCUUAUUUAUUUAAAGAUAAAUAUUACUGUUUACAUAUUUAUUUAACUGGAUGUAUUUAUUUAUUUAUGUAUCAUUCCAUUAGCGCAGAAAGCGAACCAUUCCAGCACCAUGUGACCUGCCUUAAUCUCUCUGGUCUGACGGAUCACUCCACCGGCAUUACAACCAAAGAGAAAUGAAUGCAGAUCGAUCAUGUGACUGGACCCAAACCAUCACAGAGAUCAAUGGCACCGAGCAGAGGAACACAGGAACGCUGUAAUCCAGCUCUGCCGUUCUCCAAGUAAAGGAUUCAAUCAGUUCCACACGUUGCUUUGUGUUCAUUAAAGAUGUGCAUUUUAUACACUUCA